AAGCGCCUUAAAGGGGACGCGUCGCUGUCUGCCGCUGCGGAGCUCCGCCGGGAAGAAGAAGAAGAUUAUUAUUAUUAUUAUUAUUAUUAUUAUUCACAAUGCUCCUCAGACUCCAGGACCAACAGGCGGGACCCGGCUCGGCCUCACGCCGCCUCCUGACCCGCGGCGCUGUCAACUGAGGCGCUGUGCGAGGCAGAUGUUGGCGUGUCUGCAGAGCGGAGGGAGAAGAAAAACCAACACACUGACGACGACGACAACAACAACAACAACACGUCAGCUGUUGAUCCGCCACAUGUGACAUCAUGAUCAUGUCAUGUGUGCAUGUGAUGCGCACGUGUGUGUGUGUGUGUGUGUGUGUGUGUGUGGAUGAUGAUCUGAUCUGUCUCAUCCUGUCGUCAUGACAGUGAGACAUGAUGUACACAACAUGCAGCACAAAGACCAACACACACACACACACACACACACACACACACACACACACACACACACACACUGUGUGUGACUGAUGUCUGACAAUGACACUUCAUGUAAUUUCAGGUUGAGUCUUUUUUUUUUUCUAAGUAACAACUGUGACCAAUCGAGUCCAGCUGCCUCCCUGAUUGGCCGCUGCUCCCUCUGCACUGGCCUCCUCCCUGCUCCUCCAUACAUCUCUGAUGAACAAUAAACAUGUGAUUAUUAUUUAUUAUAUGUGAUUAUUAUCUAUGUUAUUACACGAGGAGGCGUCUCACUUUCACCACACACUGAGACGGUGAGGAAUAACCCAGAGUCGCCAGGUAAUAUCAUUUAUUUACUGAAAAUAAAAAACUUAAUUUGAAGCCCCCAUUUUAUAAGCAUUAAGCCCAUAUGAAACAUUCUGAGAAAGUUUGUUUUUGCAUUACAAGUUUUUCUGAAAAUCUAUUUGUGUUAAUAUGCAAAUGAGGCACUUUUAAAAACUCAAUAUUGGCUCAUUUGCAUUAAGUGCCGAAACAUAAAUCUACAUAUUGGAUAAAGCCAGGUUCCAAUUUGUUGAUUUUUUUAUUAAGGCUAUUUGGAAAUGUGUCUUUUUUGGGAUGUUUUGGGGAUUUAUUUAAUUUUGAUUUCACAUCCCGACAUCAACGUGGACACAGAACUCAAUUUACUUGCCAGAUCUGUGAGUCAUGAAAGUUUUCGUCUGCCACCCAGAUGCAGUCCCUGCCCGUGGAAGUGGGCAGCAGCAGCAGCAGCGGCUCCGCCCCCAGCGACACAUCGGGCUCCAUGGUGCAGGUUUGCUUCCCCGGCGCUCAGGCCUCGGUGCUGGACAGCCUGAACCAGCAGAGGGAGGACGGCCGGCUCUGUGACCUCUCCAUCCACGUCCAGGGACAAGUAUUCAAGGCGCACCGAUGCGUGCUGGCCGCGUCCUCGCCUUACUUCCAUGACCAGGUGCUGCUGAAGAACAUGUCCACGGUCUCCAUCCCGGCGGCGAUGGACCCGCUGGCGUUUGAGAGCGUGCUGAGCUGCGCCUACACCGGUCAGCUCCGGAUGCUGCGCGAGGACAUCGUCAACUACCUGACGGUGGGCAGCGUCCUGCAGAUGUGGCACAUCGUGGACAAGUGCACCGAGCUGCUGAAGGAGGGUCGAGCUGCAGCCGGCGGCGGGAACAGUGGAGGAGGAGGAGGAGGAGGUGGCGGGCGAGACAAGGCCGGCGUGGGCGGAGCUGCAGGGUCAGUUAACCCCAGCUGCAGCAGCAGCAACGGUGACGGUGUUGCGGCCGGCGGUAACGGAGCUGGGGCCGGUGGUGGAGGUCAAGCUCAGGUCGUGGGCUCCAACGAGUCGCAGCGCGCCCCCCAACCUCCGAGCCACGCCUCCGUGAGCGAGAGCCAGUCGCCCAGCAGCACCAACUACUUCAGCCCCAGGGACGGGAGCGGUUUCGGGGGAGGCGGUGCAGCCGCAGCCGGGGCGUCGUCGGGGGAUGGCGGCAUGGCAACCAGCAACACCCCCAGCUACUGCACGCCAUCGGGAGGGGAGGAGGCCUUUCUCAUUGAGGAAGAGGAGGAGGAGGAAGUAGAGGAGGAGGAAGAGGAGGAGGAGGUGGUGAUGUACCACCAAAGGAAGAGAGGAGGAAGAGGAGGAGGAGGCAGCGGGAGGAGGAAGAAAAUAAGUUCCGUGUCGGAGCAGGAAGUCGGGGUCAGCGACAGCUUCGGAGUUUCUUCCUAUCAGGGCGGGGAGGACUCGGUGUUGCCGCCGCAGAAGCGUCCCACCUACAGCCAGCCCAGCAUCAUGCCCCGUAAACAGUGGGUGGUGGUGAAGAGCGAGCGUGCGGAGGACGACAACCUCAUCGUGGUGUCCGGGGAGGAGGGAGGCGAGGACGAGGAGGACGAGGAGGACGAGGAGCGGGAGCGGGAGCUGGAGCUGGCCCGAGAGCGGGAGAGGAGCGACUUCAACAUCUCCAAUGUGCGGAGCCUGUCAGCCGAGCUGGGGGGCCGAGCCGAGAGCGACAUGGACUCCCAGAUGGACUACUGCCACUCGUCAGAGGACUACCUCAAAUUUGAAGGCAGUUUAAUGGACCACACGUUGGCCCAGCACCUUCACGACAGCGCCGCGGGCCAGAGCCAGAGCGCCAACCGAGCCGUGUCGGCGCUGCUGGGCCAGGUUCAGUCCGCGGCGACGGCCCGGGCCCAGCUCUUCCCCCUCGACAUGCAGGGGAACCAGAUCCUCCUCUACAGCCAGGCCUCGGGACUCUCUCUGGACGCCGCUGCCCCCCCGCUGGGGAUGGCAGGUGGCAUGAUAGGAGCGGCCUCCUUCAAAGGGCCCGGUCUGGAGCACGGCGCGGUCCACCUGUCGGUGCAGGGCGGCUUAGGAGUCGACGGCAUGGACGGUGGGGGGGUCGGAGGAGGAGGAGGAGGAGGAGGAAGCAACGGCGGAGGCUCUGGGAAAGUGUUUAUGUGCCACUGUGGUAAGACGUUCACGCACAAGAGCAUGAGGGAUCGCCACAUCAACAUGCACCUGGACCUGAGGCCUUUCCACUGCCCCGUCUGCGCCAAGAAGUUCAAGAUGAAGCAUCACCUCACGGAGCACAUGAAGACGCACACGGGCCUCAAGCCGUACGACUGCCACGGCUGCGGCAAGAAGUUCAUGUGGCGCGACAGCUUCAUGAGGCACCGCUCGCACUGCGAGAGGCGCAGCCGGCUGGGCGAGGGGGGGAGCGGCGGCGGUGGCGAGGGAGCGAGAAGAGGCGGAGGGGAGGACGGGCCGGAUUUGAUUUCCUCCCCUCACCUCCUCCUGUCUGCAGGCGAGGCGGGUCAGGGCCGAGGAGGAAUGUCUGUUUCUUCUCCGCAUCUCUCCGGCGGCGCCUCUGCGUCAGGAAGUAGCAGCAGUAACAGCAGCGUGAGUAACGGCGGCAGCGCGGCCGCCGCCGCCGCCACCGCGGGGGCGCUCCUCAGGGUCGUCUCUCAGAGUCCGGGUCGGGGCGCCGGGAUGUUCGGUGGACUCGGGCUGGGCCGAAGUGUGUGUGGUGAAGACGUGUGUGACGUCAGUGCCCAUGACAGCAGCGUGACUUAAACCAAAACGUGUGUGUGUGUGUGUGUGCGUGUGCGUGUGCGCGCGUGUGUGUGAGCGUUGUGUCCAACAGGAGCCUCGCGGCGAGAUAACUGAGUCUGACUUCCUGGUUCCUGCUGCUGUUUUAGAAUCAUUGUAGCCUCGGAAGACGUGCGUUGCUCCUCUGAAACACUCUCAACUGCCAACACUCAACGUUUUACAGCAGGAAGUCGAGACUUUGACGAGGACGGGUCGGAGGACGGACGAAGCUCCCGUUGGACUUUGAGUUUCCAGUCGACUUGUGGUGUGAAGUUUCCUCAAAUAGACUUUUCUAACAGAAGUUAUCUGCCGUUCCCGAAACCACAAAGACUUCUAGGAAACUUGCCUCCGAAAAAAAGUGGCCUCAUUUAAAAAAAAGAACUCUCAGUGAGUAAGCUAUUGUUUUAAAUAAGUAGGAUGUUUAUUAAAGUUUAUUUUUGGGGGUGUGAUUUCGUGCGCGUUGAGAGGAAACCAAAAAUGUAAAAGUGAGCUUCACUAACUUCAGUAAUUCAGUUUCAGUAGAGUAGAAAAAAAAAUGGCUGUUUCUUAAAUUGCUGUGAUUUUUUCCUGCAGUAUUGUAUUAUUGUGAUUUAUUGCUGUAAUCAGAUUAGAGGGGAAAAAAGAGGAUUGAAGGAAAAGAGGAGAUUUACGCAGUGAAACCAAAAUGGGAACAAGGAUUUGAACAGAUUUCACUGAAGAUCACGUUGUCACACUCAAAAGUUUCUUUUCUUUUCAGACGAUACCUCGCUGCUUUCUUCUCGUCUUGUUCGACAAAAUGAAUUUACCCUCAUCACCCGGGCGGGAAAACCUACGGACGCACUGAGCUGCCACCGUGGAAUAAAAAAAUAUCUUGGGCGUUCUUCGCUGUCACGACAUAUUUUUCUCGUUAAAACGUGACAACGUUCUCGUUGAAAUGAGAUCAUUUUCUCACUCAAACGUUAAAACCAGAUCUGUAGCGCAAAGUUAACGUGUCAUCUGGGAGGCGGAGGACGGAGAGACAGGUGGAGGGACUGAUGUGGACGUGUGGAGAAGCUGCACGGUCCCUCCACGUGUCUCUCCGUCCUCCGCCUCCAAUUCUGCCAUAGAAACCUGACAGGCGUGUUCAGGGAGGGAACGUCAACCGGACACCUACUGUUUACCUGCUUUUCACUUUCGUGCGUUUGAGACUUGACUUUUAAACACAGUUUUUGGACCAAAUGAAAAGAAAAAACAAUUAUUUUUUUCUUUCCAGUAGCUGUUUUGCACAAAAACACGUCACAUAUUUGGUUAUAAAUGGUUGUGAAGAGUGUUCUACAUUUCAGAAAUUUGUGUGUGAGUGGACAUACUUGUCUUAAGAUUUCAGUAUUUUCCACUGGUGGAUUUCCUUCGCAAUAAUUUUGGAGGCAUCGUCGACGCGCUUCUGUCGAUCUCUCAUGAUUCUAAAGAUUCAAAAGAAAACCUUAGAGUAUCUUUUAUUUUUGUGUGUUGUUUUAAAAGAUAUGAUAUGUAUACAUUCCUAUUUCUGUCCUGAUACAGAAAGUUACAGACUCGUUGGAACAAGAGAGAAAACAACGUUUACUUUGCCUCUUAGGUUCUCCACAAGGGGGAGCUGUUCCGUCAUUGUCAGACAUGUCGGUAACUGACAAUAAAAACAGGAAAAUAAAAAAACAGCAGUUUAGAACGUGAGAUUUUUUAUUCCUCCCGUCACGUCACCACACCGUGCUUUAUUGCUGACUUACAUACUUUUGAUCGUAGCAUUAAAUUUAUCAUCCUCAUCCAGACAUGACAUUAAAUAUUAUCUUUUUUUUAAAUUUUGGAUUAUUAUUAAAAACUACUGCAACAUGGUUUAAUACACAAGGAAAAUAUAUUAUUUGUGAAAAAAACAAGUUUUAGUUUUUUGCAUUGAUGAGACAUGUUCAUCACGCCCCCUUGUGGUCACAGACGGCACUGUUGUCAAGAGAUUAUUCUUUAUAUGAAAACCAAUGUGAUAAUAAUAAUUAUACCAGAAACUGGAAAUUGUGCAGAAACUCUCAGUCCUGCUGUGUUCCAACGUACGUUAACCAAACUGUUGGAGAACAGUGCAGUUACAGUACGUGGAUUAAAUAUCACACGUGACCUCUGACACGCGUUGCAUGUGAAAUGUUUCACGUUUCCAUCAAGCUGUGGAGGAUGUGAAUGUUUUACCUUCUGUGAAGGAGAAUAUUGUGGGUUUGGAUGUUUUUAUAUGCAGGUUUUGGAGCUCGGUCUGAGUGAAAGGACUGUUGUUGUUGUUGUUGUUGUUGUUGUUGUUGUUUCAUUUGAAUGAGUUCAGUGAAGUGUGAAGUGAGGCCUCCAGUGUUUCCUCUUGUUCUCCGCUCCAGUCGUUUUGUGGCUCCACAUCUGUUCCCGUUUGUUCCCUCGCUGCUGAACAUCAGAGAAACCUUGUUGUUCCUCCAGACUGACGCAGGAAGCUUGAACCUGCAUUUUAAAAAGAAAAGAGCGGCGGUUUGUGUCCGACAGAAACUUGUGCGACUGUGUCAGAGACGCCUCAGUUCUGUUUAAGCUGAAUUAUAUUUUUCUUUUUUUGUUCAGAGUUGCAGUUUAUAACUUGUAAAUGUGCAACUGUGCACUGCAGUUUAUGACAAUUAUUAUAACUCAACAAUGUACUUAUGAAACCUCAACAACACCUGCUCCGUACUGUUAAUGUAACUGUAUGUAAAGUGCAAAUAUAAAAACUGCCAAAAAAAGAGGAUCCUUUCGUUUUAGUUCCAUUUGCUAUGAACUUAGAAGAAAUUAGGUUACUAGUCCUGAGUCUCAUCUUAUCUUCUAAAACUCAUUUUAUGACCUUUUUUUAAAAAAAUAAAUCAAAGACCGGCAACACAAAAACCAUUUCUGCCCGACUACAGACAAAUUAAAAAGUGUAAUAUCUGCAGCGCAGCAGAUAUUAAGAGGAGCUCGGCAGAAAUAUGAAAAUAUGGACGGAUUGGUUAGGAUCAAAGCUGCUGCUGAAAACUAGACGGAGGUAUUUUUAUUAUUCUUAUUUUUGUACAUGACAGGUUCAUAUAUAUACACACACACACACACACAAAAUUAAUGAAAUAAAUACAUUAUAGCACUUUCUUUUACUUGAUGAAUAGUAGCACUUGAAGCUUUCUUUGCCUAUUUCAUGACUGUUUAUGCGCUUUCUUAACUUUUGCACUUUGAGUAACAUCCCCAAGUUUGAAUGCACUUAUUGUCAGUCACUUUGGACAAAAGCGUCUGCUAAAUGAAUGCAAUGUAAUGUAAUGUUCUAACAUUAAGUGAAUAAAAAUUAAAACUUCAUCUGCAGCCUUCAGUAAUAUUCAAUAU